AUGUCAUUAUCAUCACGGACCUCUGAGUCCGACAGAAACGUGACGGCAACUGGUAUGGUCACAGAUGAGGCUUCUUCAAAGGUCCAUCAUACGCAGCAGGGGCGGACUUUGAACGGUGGGAGCGGCGGUCACGUAGCAGUGGAUGAAGGCUCUGCUCUCCGUCCUCCUCUAUCAGCGGUGCCUGAGGGGGCGACUAUGAGUGGAGAUGCUGUUGGGCUACGUGGGCAUAAGGACAGCUCAGCGACGAGGGCUACUAGGGGUUUCUUCAACUUGGGUAACACAUGCUUUAUGAACGCGGCAUUGCAGUGUCUAGUUCAUACCGCACCUUUGCAGAAAGCUCUGAGGAAUAUGCCACCCCCGAGGGCUCAUGGAGGAACACUUCCACCAGCUAGACGGCUGGUAGAGGCAUGUCGGACGAUAAUGGAAGAGCAGUGGGGAAGUGAAGAUUUACCUCAGAAAGUGAUCACGACGUCUGAUGCGUACAAUCCAGAGGCUAUGCUCAAGGCCGUGCAGGAACUGAAUCCGAUGUUCCAGGGCUAUCACCAGCAGGACUCACAGGAGUUCCUCCAUUGUGUGUUGGACGCUAUGCAUGAGGAGCUCAGGAGGCGAGUGCCGAGGUACCCUGAGGCAUACCUAGCUGUACAUAUGCCUGAGGAGUUACCUUCGCCGACGGCCUAUUCAAGUGUUGCUUCGGAAGCUGCGGGAUCGGAGUAUAGGGAGUCAUUCAGUGAGCAGUCGAGUUCUAGCAGUCAGAGUCAGUCACCGCCAUCAGUGGAGAAGUUGGCUGAGGAGACGUCUUGGUCUAGCCCUGUGAGUGACGCCUUCCUGGGUAAGCUUAUUAGCACGGUACGGUGUAUGCACUGCAAGAACAGUAGUACUACUAUUGAACCGGUUUAUGAUGUGUCUCUACCUAUUCCUAGUGCGCCGGUAGACUUCUCGAAGAUUUCUGGUGGGUCGUUUGCGGCCAGUCCGUCUAUGAAGGUAUGUAGUGGUUUCUGGGGAUGGAUGAAUUCGGCGAGGGCGUACCUAGGAGAUGCGAAGGUCUCCUUAUACGACUGCUUGGCUACGUUCUGCCAGAAUGAGGAGCUUACUGGAAGUGAGCAGUAUCAUUGUGAUUGCUGUGAGAAAAAAUGUGAUGGACGUAAAUUCAUAAGAUUCUACUCGACUCCUGAGACUCUGGUUGUUCACCUAAAUCGAUUUCGUUAUGACGAGGGCUGGUUUGGGCAGAAGAAUUCUCGUGCGGUGAGCUUCCCGGUAGAGGAAGAACUGAACAUAGCGCAGUUCAUGCACAUGGAUUCGGCCUCUGCAGUGGCGAACAGGAGCGAGGUAGUGGGAGGUGUUGGCAAUCAGACUACUGCAUAUCGUUUGACGGGACUAAUACGUCAUAUUGGUUCUGUGGGGUCUGGCCAUUACGUUGCUUAUUGUCGUCAUGAAGAGACGGACGAGUGGUUGGAGUAUGAUGAUGCUAGAGUAACUAAGGUGGACUCUGCGCAAGUUGCGGGUUUUGAAGCAUAUGUUCUCUUCUACCAGAAGGUAGCGAGUCCAGCGAGGGCCAAUGUGGUUGCUGAGCUACGUAAGGCGGUGCAAGAGGGUCAACUGCCUGGCGAUUUUCCGAGGGUGUAUGUGCCGAGGCAAUGGACGAUACGGCUGCAGUAUAUGAGCCAUCCUGGACCUAUUAAUACGUUUACUAUGAUAUGUCCGGAUAAGUGUGUGUCUGACGUGGAGAAGGAGGAUGCUGAGCAGAGGUAUGUCCCGAUCCCCUUGGAGUUCGGGAGGAAGUUGAAGACCUUGUAUGGUGGAGGACCGCUGUUGAGCAGUUUGGAUCCUUGUGAGAAGUGUAGUUACUAUGUAAAGGCAUAUUUGAGGAGACGGGCCACAGAGCAAGCCUUGGUGGGUAAGUAUGAUACGAAGAUAUUAACGAUGGGGAGUAUUGGUAUAUGGUGGAUGCUGUAUGGGUUAAUAAGUGGAAGAGUUAUAUUAAAAAGCUCAUCUCGAUGGACCUAG